AUGCCGAAGAAGAGGCUCUACCCGGACUUGAGCGCUGAAUUGAAUGCAUCUGGACUAGAGUAAGUCUUUUAUGCCUUUGUGAAUGAUAAAUAGCUAUGGUAAUUCAUUUUUUCAAUUAGAAAGAAUAAAAAAGAGUAUAAUGUAUGUUGCCUAUCAGAUUUCUCUUCAAAAUUCAACUUAAAACUGAUUUUAGUCACUCAUCAAGUGAGCGAAGUGAAGAUUCAGAAGGAAAUGAGACAUCAGUCAAGAAGAACAGGUCAGGAUUGGUGAGAAGUUUUGAAAGUCUGAAAGGUAACAACACAACAGCUGGGAGUACGAUCAACAGAAGCAGCAGUUUCAGUAGUUUGGGAGGUGAUCUAACUCAUCAUGAUGAAUCAUUCGAGGAAUGGUGGGACGUGACUUGGAGGAAUGUUUAGUAAGCUUCUUUUUACUGCUUUAGGUAAUAUGUUUUACUUUUUUGUGUAGUAUGUUGUAGUAUAGUGGGUGUUCUUGUACUUAAAAAAUGAUUUUAGUGCUCAAGUCGACAGUUUUUGCUCCAGACUACAACAACAUAUUUCUAUACCUUAUUGUAAGUACUUUAAUGAUUUUGGGUUACACUCGUCUUUUUUAUUUUAAAAUACGCGACCAGAUGCAUUUGUGCACUACAAUAUUGAACCUUUACUUUAUUUCAGUAUUUAUCUCGUUCCUAUGUUUAAUAUUCCUUCUAUAUCUCUUUAACACAUCUUCAUCGGUGCCAAUCCUCAAUGCCGAACUCUACAGUACCCUCGGAGAUAACACAAAACAGAUCUUGGACAAAUACCCUCAGGCAGCACCAUUCUACAAGAUCGAGCUUCAAAGAGGCUUCAGACACAUUGUAAGACGGCUGGCAGGAGUGGAACUAGAAGCUGAAGGAAGACCAGUCGUACUAUUGCUAGCAUCUACAAAACCUCAUUAUACCGAAAAAUUGAGUCGAGAAUUCGUGGAGCUGAUUGAACGUUUCAUUCCAAAUACUACUGGUACAAUAACUGCUGAUUAUGGUACCAAAAGGACGGAUUUUGAAAAGAAUGUGGCUGGGAAAGUGAAAAAGAUAAAGAAGGGUAAGAUUGGAGUGAUGGAGAUGAGUAACAUCGAAAAGCUGGACGGUACAACACCAUUGGUAUUGCAUUCAUUGGCCGACAGUGACACACCAGCCUUCAGGAACAUGGUGUAUAUCAUGACAGUGAAGAUCGAGCAGGAUCCAGGCACGGUGAGCUCGGAAUGUGUGGAUGUUGUGACAAGGUAAGGAAAGGGAAAGGCUUUGAAUAAUAAUAAUUUUGAGUUUUAUGGUCAAAAAGUUUGUAGAAUGGGUUUUUAUGUUUGGUUUUGCCGAUUUUUGAGUAUAAUAUAGAAUUUUUUUGUUUUUUAAAAAUUUUUGAGGUAAAAUACGAAAUUGCAAUAUUCAAGUGUAUAGUAAAAACAAGGUUUUAUAUCUAACUAGCGUAUGUAACGUCAAUAUCUAUUUAAUUUUUUUUUUUCAGAACCCUUUUAAAGUCUUGGACGUCGCCAAACCUAGGAGAAGAUCAAGUAUACCCAAUCAUAUCACGUAUCACAAACCUCGCCGUAUGUUUGGUAUUCCCAUAA